AUGAGUCUGAAAAAUGCCGGAUUAAAGAUCCGUUCCUUGGGAAAACGCCAGGUGAUCCGAGAAACCUGGGCAAAUGAGACGCUAUUGCCAGGCAUUGUGAUUAAGAUACUUUUCCUGCUGGGGUCCACACCUGCCUUGACCAAGGUCGACCCACUCGACUUACAGCAGCAGCUCGAAGAAGAGAGCCAUCGUCACAGAGACCUGCUCCAGCAGAACUUUGUGGACGCUUACGACAACCUGACGCUCAAGACCAUGAUGGGCCUGCACUGGGUGUACGCUCACUGCCCGCAUGCCGCGUACGUCAUGAAGACGGACAGCGACAUGUUCGUGAAUCUCGAGGUGCUGGCGAAGGUCGUUCUCAAGCCGGAGCUGCCACCGCGUCCCGACUACUUCACGGGAUGCCCGAUGAACGACUUCUUACCGAUCUGCGACAAGAACAGCAAGUGGUACAUAUCUCCUGAAGAGUUCCCGGGAGAGAGAUACCCACAAUGCUGCUCAGGCACAGGGUACGUCUUCUCAGCGUGGUUGGCGUCGCAAAUUUACCGGGUGUCUCGUGUCGUUCCAAGAAUUUACCUUGAAGACGUUUGUGUGGGACUCUGCUUCGAAAAGCUCAAUGUCAAACCGGUCGUUUCACCCCGAGCGGGCCUUUUCAACUUCAACAAAGUUCCCUUUUCCGUGUGUAAAUACAAUAACCUAGUGACGUCCCAUCAAAUUCCACCGCCCGAGUUGCGUCGGUACUGGCAACAACUGCAGCCCGACAAAAACAGCACCUGUGGAUAAGCAAAGUGACGAGGACGCGUGAGUCUGCCUUCACGGGGAGAUCCCGAAGCAGUAUUUAAGGAAAACAGCACAACAUGGAUUACUACGUAGGUUUUUAUA